CUUCCUCCAGCCCGCCCGGCCCGUGGCAUUCUCCCUCGCCAUGGAUUUCCAGGAAGCCGCCAACAGCGCUGCUGAGCACAUGCAGAGCUAUCGGAAGGACCCCAGCGGCUGGCGCACUUGCAAACGCACGAAUGAAAUUUCAAUUUCUUGGAGACCAUCAACUGAGUUUCCUGGAAACUUAUACAAAGCAGAAGGAAUUAUACCUGCAAGACCAGAAGACGUGUUUAAAUGUAUAAAACCAGAGACUGGUGGACUUAGAGAAAAAUGGGAUCAGAAUGUGAAAGAAGUUGUAGUCAUUGAAACAAUAAAUGAAAACAUCUGUAUAACUAGAACUACCACACCGUCCGCUUUCAUGAAGAUCAUCUCGCAGAGAGAGUUCGUAGAUGUGGUCCUGAUUAAACAGGAUGAGGAUGGGACAAAAGCGAGUGCAGCGACCAACGUGGAGCAUCCCCUUUGCCCGCCUGAGCCAAGCUACGUGAGAGGACGUAACUAUCCCUGUGGCUGUUUUUGCAUUCCUGUCCCAGGGGACCCACACAAGACUCAGCUCCUCAGCUUCUUUCAGACCGACCUAGCUGGCAACCUCCCACAGACAGUUGUCGACUCCUUCUUUCCAAGCAGUAUAACCGGUUUUUACACCAACCUGAACAAAGCGGUGGUAAAACUAGUAGCUUAAACCAGAUAUUGUCUUCUCAAGUGGAAAAACAGCAACAACCUUAGCCAGGGUGUGUAUUUAUAAUUCUGCAGUUGCACUUUUUAAGAGCAGAAAGGGGUUCUGGAUGCAGUUCAGGACGGGGUCGGAGCAUGACACACUUGAAAACACCAUCGAUUUUCGAUGAGGAAGACUUCAAACGCAUGUCUUGAAAUCAACGGGGUUCACAAUGCUCACAAAGGCUCCCUCGGUCUGGGGGCAGGACUAUAAGGCCUUGGGGAGCGCCCUUAGUCAUGCUGCUAGAUCUCAUCAUCAAUCCUCAUCCACGUACAUUUGUCCUCAUUCCUGUUGAUCAAACCUGCAGCAGCAAGCAGCACAGCUCUCACUGAACAAUACCAUUCAGACAAUAGGUGGAGAGUGCUGCGUCUCGAAUGCACCCUGGCCCCAAAGCCCCACACCAUCUACCUGCCUGUGUUAAGCUAGCAUGUCAUGGAGUUCCAGCUAUUCUCCCUGACAUGCUAGUCUUCUGUGUGCAGGGAGAUUUCUACUGGGGAAAAAAAAAACAUUCAAGCAUGUGACCUCUGAAAUAUUAGGGGGGAAAUCCUAACAGAACAGUUUGUCAGUGGAACAAGUAGAGAUAUAAAAGAAAUUGAAGCCAUGCGGGGGGGGAACAGGUCUUUUCCCAUAUUUUUUUAGAGAGAAAAAUUGAAAUUUUGGGGGAAAUUGAAAAAAAGCAGUACUUCUUCUUUCAACACUCUUUAUAGAACUAAAGUCACUUCUUUGCUUUAAGACAGCCUUCUCCAACCUGGUGCCCACCAGAUACUUUGGACUUCAGAGUCUAUCAGCCUCAGGCCCCAUGGGUAAUGGUCAGGAACACUGUUGUCCAAAACAUCUGGAGGGCACCAGGUUGGGGAAAAUAGCUUAAGGAACCUAAAGCAGCCUUUCUAUCCCUAAAGGUAUUUUAUGUAUCAUUUAGCUUGCUCAUAAAAUUAUAAUUAUAUUUUAAAACUUUUAAAAGUAAACACACUUAGAUUUCUAAUUAAUGUCUGAAUAAAUUAGAACUACAUUAAAUGACUUCUACACAGGACUCUAUAGAAUAACACUCAAACUAUCAAGAAUGCACAGUGUUGGCUCUACUCACAUGAUGGGAAACUGAAUAUAACUUCAGAUCAACAAUUUUAAUAAGGACUGAAAGAAAUAACUAUUCUGCCAAUCUUACAGAGAGGAUUAAAACACACACACACACCCUGCCAUGGCUUCAUUAUUUCCAGACAUUUUACAUCUCUAGUCUGCCUAUAAAAGUAUACCUAUUACAUAGCUUUUAGAAAUCACUUUGGGUGGAGUAAAGAUUGGGUAACAAUAUAUAAAUACUUUGUCUUUAAUUCUAAAAGAAAAUAUUUCAUCAUCCAAAGCGGUUCGAUUUUUUCCAGUUUUUCAGAAAAACAAACAAAACCUAGAGAGUCCUAGGAAGAAAACAAAACAUGUUUUUCUUCUGAAGUUUUCCAGUUUUCACCCCCAGACUUCACAUGUCUAGGAACACGUGGUCAUGGCAGCUGGUGGGCUUCCCUCAAUGGAGAUACUUAAGCAUUGGCUGAACAUUUUCAUCCUGCAUUGAGCGGAGGGUUGGACUAAAUGACCUCUAACAUGCAUUCCAGCUCUAUAAUUCUAUCCCCUACCUGUACCAUUCAUCAGCUGCUCCGUGUGAUUCUGGCAGUAACAUUGUGCUACCUUACAGGUUUGUUGUGAGGUGCUAAUGUGCAGUUCGUGUCCUGUAAUUUAACAAUAAAAAGAUGGUGCUCUUAAA